AUGCCUAUCACCAAAGUCGACGUGAAGCCUGCGCAUGAGCAGAAGCAACUGGACGCCAUACCAUGGCAGGAGCUGGUUUCUAAAAAGAAGCAACAACUUGCUGGUGCUAUCCCAGAAAAGUGGAAGCUUGACGUCUCCCUAGUCAGAGAAUUGACAGAGGCGAAUGAAGGCCGACUUCUUGAACUCGAUCCUGCAAGAAGAUCAGGCGUUCUAGAUGAUGUUGAGCUCGACAUCACUGAGAGCAACUCUGCCGUGGAGCUCGUCAACAAGAUGGCACUUGGCCGUCUAACGGCAACUCAAGUGGUUACGGCCUUCUGCAAAAGAGCCGCUGUUGCUCAGCAGCUUACAUCGUGUCUCACGGAGUCAUUCUAUGAUGAGGCUAUCGCGCGAGCCAAGUUUCUAGAUGAUUAUUACCGCAAAAAUGGGAAGACUAUCGGCCCACUUCACGGCCUACCGAUCAGUCUGAAAGACACCUUCAAAGUAGUGGGUUUCGACGCAACGGCAGGCUACGUUAACGGCCUGAAGUUGGGGCCUGCAACCACAAACUCGUGUUUGGUUAGCGUCUUGCUGGAUGCAGGUGCGGUUCUCUACGUCAAGACGAACGUGCCGCAGACUCUCAUGACCGCAGACUCGGAAAACCAUAUCUAUGGCCGCACACUGAAUCCUCACAAUCUCAAUCUCAACGCUGGCGGGUCGAGCGGAGGCGAGGGCGCCUUGGUAGCCUUUAGAGGUUCACCGAUCGGAGUUGGUACCGACAUCGCCGGCUCCAUUAGAAUCCCGGCCAUGUGCUGCGGAAACUACGGGUUCAAACCGACGAACCAUCGGGUGCCAUAUGGAAACCAGUCUGAAGGGGUUAUCUUGAGUCUUCCUGGUCCCUUCCCCUCUGCUGGUCCAAUUGCUAGCACCAUGGAAGAUCUCCAACUAUUCAUGAGUGCGGUCAUCAAUCAACAUCCGGGAGCAUACGACUACACCGCUCUUGAUCUGCCUUGGCGAAAGCCAGCAGUCGGACAGUGCCUGCGACUCGGGGUGUUGGAAGAAGAUCCUGCCUGGCCACUGCAUCCGCCAGUUCGCCGAGCCUUCGAAGAUGCCGUCAACGCUUUAUGCGUGGCUGGUCACGAAGUCGUGCGGCUCCCGUAUGACUACGAGCGUAGCGUUGACCUUGGGCUCAGGCUCUCGUACCAGUUCUUCGAACUGGCGCAUCCUCCAGAAGAAGAUCUCGAAGCCGUCCUCGGCGAACCAUUAGUCAAGGCCGCCGCGGCCAGAAUGCACCCAUUCACAGCCAAGCCACGGCCUGUGCCUAAGGACUUGGCAAAGCCGUGGCAUCAUCUGGAUGACCUGGAUGCCGCGCGUGCUAAUUUCGCCGAGACGUGGCAUCGGACGUGGUUUGAUCACAAGCUGGAUGCAAUUGUGGCACCAGGAGCUGACAAGACUGCUGUGCCCCAUGACACGUACGGCCUGAUGCCGUACACGGUGGUGUUCAAUCUUCUUGACUACCCUUCCUGUCUGAUACCAACUGGGCAUGCAUCAAAGACUUUAGAUCCGGAGCCUGUCAAGGCGCAGGAUCCCUUCUUGCCAGACUAUGAUCCCAGGGCAGUUGACGGAACUCCCUGCGGCAUUCAAGUUGUUACCUUGAAGCUGAAAGAUGAAGAAUGUCUUGCCGCAGCGGCUGUCGUUGACAAGGUCGUCAAUGCCGACCGGCAGAAGUGA